CGUCGGCUUUGAUAUAAAAUCAACAUUCCCUCCGAAAGCCGCCAGUUCACUCACAUUCGUUUAGGUGAGAGGAGUGUUGUUCGCACCAGCGAGUGAAUGUACACGUGAUACUCUUGCAUUCAUUUAACAAAGUGGAAAACAAUGACAACAAAUGGAGAAUGCCGCGCGAAUGGGAUUAGGAAAUCGAAACCUAGACCUAUAAUCUCGCGGAGUUGUUCCGAGAACUACGAAAUCAACGACGUCGAGGUGCCCGGCACUCCCAAAACUCCUCGCACCUCCACAACCCCAGGCCAUGAAAAGUGCACGUUCCACCACGAUCUAGAGCUGGACCAUAAUCCCCCGACCAGGGAAGCCAUGCUGCCGGAGAUGUCCAGGUCCUACAGACUGCUGCUGGAGUCUCUGGGCGAGAAUCCGGACAGGCCCGGACUGUUGAAGACUCCGGAGAGGGCUGCCAAGGCCAUGCUUUUCUUCACCAAAGGAUACGAUCAAAGUCUCGAAGAGGUCUUAAACGAUGCAAUUUUCGACGAGGACCAUGACGAAAUGGUCGUCGUCAAAGACAUCGAGAUGUUCUCCAUGUGCGAGCACCACCUGGUGCCCUUCUACGGGAAGGUGUCCAUCGGGUACUUGCCCUGUGGGAAGAUCCUGGGCUUGAGCAAACUGGCAAGGAUUGUGGAAAUCUACUCGCGAAGGCUUCAAGUGCAGGAGCGAUUGACGAAGCAAAUUGCUGUUGCUGUGACCAAGGCCGUGCAACCGGCUGGUGUUGCUGUUGUAGUGGAGGGAGUGCACAUGUGUAUGGUGAUGCGGGGCGUCCAGAAGAUCAACAGCAAGACGGUGACCUCCACCAUGUUGGGGGUGUUUCGAGACGAUCCCAAGACGCGAGAAGAAUUCCUCAACUUGGUGCAUUCCAAAUAAUGCAACACGACAAAUAUUUAUUACGGACCCAUGCAUAUAAAAGAUUUAGUUUUUUAUUUAUAAAUUAUUAAAGACGCUAUGUACUUAUUUUAAAGUAUGUAACUACUAUAAGUAAAAGCAAAUAGAGGACCAUUUAAAGACCAAUUUUGACAAUACACAGUAGAUGUGUGUGUUAUCUCAUAUUUUUUAAAUGUUUAUUGUAAUUUGCUGUGAUAUACUAAAUUAAUAUAUUGGAGACGUUACACGAAAUAUACAAGUCCUGGAUAAGAUUACUUCUACGAAACUUUAAAAAUACUAGUUAUUUGUUAAGUGCAUUGCUACCUUAUUGUUCUAAUGUUACAGUAUUUUUAUGUUCGUUCAUAUUCAGUUUGGCGAAAAUAUUUAUUGACAAUCAAUAUAAGGUAUAGAAAUUUACUUGAGCGUAUUUUAAAAGUAUAUUUAUGUAAAAAUAAAAUGAAGCAAAGUA